UCUUUCUGAAUUCAACGGCUGCACCAUGCAUUCGGACAGUCUAUGGUCAGUUCAGGUUCUCCUGGCUCUAUCUGUCCUAACAUUGGGUUCGGACGGCGAACCUCAGAAUGCCCCUCGGGUCUUCUUGUCCUUCAAAGAUCUGAGGUCUACUGGUACAGCCCAUCACUUCUCUUUCCUGUUGAACACAUCAGACUAUCGCAUCCUGCGCAUGGAUGAGGAUCACGACCGCAUGUAUGUGGGCAGCAAAGACUAUAUCCUUUCUUUGGACCUCCAUGACAUCAACCGAGAACCCCUCAUAAUACACUGGCCUGUUUCUACACAAAGGAAAACGGAGUGUGUUUUAAGUGGCAAAGACACAAACGGCGAGUGCGGUAAUUUCAUCCGUCUGAUUGAGCCGUGGAACAGGACGCACUUGUACGUGUGCGGGACGGGCGCCUACAACCCAGUGUGCACUUAUGUCAACAGAGGACGCAAGCCUAUGACCGCCAUGCAUCUCCAGAUGCCCCAGACCAGAGGCAGAUCUAGUCGUGCAGCUGAACCUGAAAUAGUGUUUGAUGAGACCGGACUACAGGAAUAUGUCUUCCAUCUGGAGACCGGCAAGGAGGAUUCUGGGAAGGGAAAGUGCCCAUAUGAUCCAAAACUGAACAGUGUCUCCACUUUGAUUAAUGGAGAACUGUAUGCAGGGGUGUAUAUUGAUUUCAUGGGGACAGACUCUGCUAUUUUCCGAACUUUGGGAAAAAACACAAUCAUGCGUACUGACCAAUACAACUCAAGAUGGCUGAAUGACCCUUCAUUUGUCCAUGUUCACCUUAUCCCUGACAGCAACGAAAAAAACGAUGACAAACUCUACUUUUUCUUCCGCGAGAAGUCUUCCGAGAUGGGCCAGAGCCCCAAAUUACAGUCACGCAUCGGCCGAAUCUGCCUGAACGAUGAUGGUGGUCACUGCUGCUUGGUCAACAAGUGGAGCACCUUCCUGAAAGCCCGUCUCAUCUGCUCAGUCCCAGGAGCUGAUGGGAUUGAAACACAUUUCGACGAGCUCAGGGAUGUGUACAUACAACCUACACAGGACACUAAAAAUCCCAUCAUCUAUGGGGUCUUCUCUGUGUCUGGCUCUGUAUUCAAAGGCUCAGCGGUCUGUGUCUACUCAAUGGCGGACAUUCGGAUGGUGUUCAAUGGACCUUUUGCUCACAAAGAAGGUCCUAAUUAUCAAUGGGUGGCCUACACUGGAAAAAUCCCCUACCCUCGUCCAGGAACAUGUCCUGGUGGGACUUUCACCCCCAACAUGAAGUCCACGAAAGAUUACCCUGACGAGGUCAUCAACUUCAUGCGUAACCAUCCUACCAUGUACAAUACUGUGUAUCCGGUGCACAAGCGCCCCCUGGUGGUCAGGACCAACGUAGACUAUGAGUUCACCACCAUCACUGUGGACCAGGUGACUGCUGCCGAUGGCAACUACGAAGUGCUCUUCCUGGGUACAGACAGAGGUACAGUACAGAAGGUGAUCGUCCUGCCCAGAGAUGAUCUGCAGACAGAGGAACUACUGCUAGAGGAAGUGGAGGUCUUUAAGGUCCCUACUCCCAUCACAACUAUGAAGCUUUCUUCAAAACGGCAACAACUAUAUGUAGCGUCCGCGGUUGGUGUGACUCAUCUGGCCCUGCACAGGUGUGAUGUCUAUGGCGAGGCCUGCGCAGACUGCUGUUUGGCCCGGGACCCUUAUUGUGCAUGGGACGGCAAGUCCUGUUCUCGGUACUCUGCCUCACAGAAGAGACGCAGUCGGCGACAGGAUGUGAAAUAUGGGAAUCCCAUACGGCAGUGCCGAGGAUACAAUUCCAACACUAAUAAGAACACUCUGGAGAUGGUGCAGUAUGGGGUGGAGGGCAGUAGCACGUUUUUGGAGUGCCAGGCCAGAUCACCACACGCUGUCAUUAAAUGGCAUCUCCACCGAGACAACAGCGAUAAAAGGAGAGAGGUCCGUACUGAUGGGCGCGUGUUAAAGACAGAUCAAGGCUUACUACUGCCUUCCCUCCAGUCCUCAGACUCUGGCAUCUACAUCUGCACAGCCACCGAGAAGAACUUCAAGCACACCUUGGUCAAACUUCAGCUGGUGGUCUUGACCAACCAGGCCGUCAACAACAUCCUGGUGGAAACGGGCCGUCCUGCGGCUUCUUCGCUCCAAUCCAGCACCUGGACCCCCAGCUCUGGACAGUAUAAAGACCUUCUGACCAUCCUCAGUCAGCCUGAGAUGGGCCUCAUAAACCAAUACUGCCAGGACUAUUGGCAGUACGGAGACCCGCUGACGGGGGUCAUCAAGGCCCAAGAUCUCAAAGAGCUGAAGGAACAGAAGAAACCACGGAAUCGCAGACAUCACGGGGAUGAAGAGGAGACAUGAGGGGGUUUCCACCCCCCGGUCCUAUAGGAAAGACUUCUAAAAGAGUAAAACCUGAAAAAAAAAAACAUCAAAUGAAACAAACUUCAGAAGCAACAAACGGAAUUCCCUCUUAGCAGAUAAAGAUGAUAUCAUACACAGUAUUUAUUGUAGGUUGUAUAUAGUACCAUUCUGUGGAUUUCUUUGCGUUAAUCGACUUGAGAGGGUUAAAUAGAAAAAGGCUCUUUGUGUAUAAGUACCUAACGGGCAAAUAUUAUUGUAAUAUUAUUUUUAUUGUCACAACUACAAACAGAGAAAGAGAAAUCUUCAUUUUCCAUCAUUCGGGCAUUGCCGAUUCAUUUAUAAAUAGACAUAAACUCAUAGACUAUGAACUAUGUUGAACUGAGAUGGUUAAGGAAAGAGCGACUGGGAGCAAUUGUUCCCCCUUGGACUCUUCACACAGAAAGACAUUUGGAAAAGGCGGGCAGGACACGCUGACAUCAUAAUGCUCCUCACCACUAGUCCCACCCCUAAGUGCAUUCUGGUCCCUCAUUGGUUACAAUGAUACACCAGCUCAUAUUGUCUUCCUAAUGUCACUCUAUAUGCAGACACAUCUGUUUCCGGUGCGCAAAUGUUUAAAGUAAUCAAGUUUCAUGGCACAGUUUUUUUUUUUUGUGACUGGACUCAAUCUAGUUAUGAGGGCUCUUAGUAAGCUUUUAUUGUUUUUUAUGCCACUUUUGAAAAGACUAAAAGCACAAAACAACUUGCAGCACGAUGAUUCCAUAAAUGCACAAAUGUGAAAGCAUGUCCUGGUCAUAUUUCACCCUUUAAAUGUAUUUU